AUGGCCAGUCUCGAUGGUGCGGACCCGUGGUCCACUUCAGACCCUUGGGGCGGCGGCACUCAAGCUGAUGCUGCUGCUGAGCCUGAACGCGAAGCUGCGCGACCUACUCCUGCUACCGAAGAUCAGUCUUGGGAAGUUCAAGGAAAUGGGACCCCAGGUGAUAGGGAUGCAUCUGGGCCUUGGACAAGGGAAGACUGGGAAGCCUGGCAGGCACGCUGGGACAGCAGAGGCUCUCAAGACGGAGGGAGCGAUGGCGGCAACCACUCUGCCGACAGCAAUGGGGCCUCGAACUGGUCCUGGGCCACUCAGAAUUCCGGCAGCUGGGGCCGCUGGAGUCGAACGUGGCAACCCCAAGGCGAUUGGGGCCGCUGGCAGUGGAUGCCGGCUGACAAUGUCUCUACAUCGACCUCUGCGGGUACUAGCGGGACGGCACCGAUUACAUGGAACAGUUCUUCCUGGACGCGGUGGGACGGAGAUGCGGGGCCUACGACGGGUUCUACCAGUACCUCCGGGACCCCACCGGUUACGUGGACCGCGGCGGCUACUACGGCGAGUUCGUGGAAUGGAUGGCCUGCUGCCACAUGGGGCGCGUCUACAGAGACUGUGCAUCAGUCCUUUGGAGGGACAAAGGGGCCUACGGAACGCCUCAUUAAGGGGCCUACGGAACGCCUCAUUGUCCCCACCUUCACCGGGGAUGCCGAGAACGGCGGCGACCUUGGAACUUCGGCGCGGAGCUACCUGAGACAGGUGAGUGCGUGGGAGAAGAUGACCAAGUUAGCUCCCGACCAACGUGCAUUGGUGCUAUACCAACAUUUGUCUGGCUCGGCUUGGGUGAACUCCGAGUCCUUGAAUGUUGAGGAUCUGGCUCACCCCGAAGGUGUUAGCCGCCUACGAGAAUGGAUUCGCCAGCACUACUUGGACGUGGAGGUCACACAGGUGGGACGUUCUUUGAGUGACUUGUUCAGGAAGCUUCGCAGGCGUCCCCACCAGAGUUUCCGGGACUACGCCGCGGAGUUCAACCGCUUGCUGGCGAGAGUCAUAGAGUGCGGCUGUGCUUUGCCAGACGUGGCCAAUGCUUGGCUCUUCGUGGACAGGGCCAACCUCGACGAGGCCACGGAGGUCAGUUUGCUGGCUAGCGUUGGCAAUAAGUACGCCCUCAAGGCUUUGCAGUCCGCGGCCAUCGUCUUGGACAGGUCAAUGCGAAAACCCUGGGAAAAGGCGGGCUUCCGCGGGAAGCCCCAGAGCGUCAACCAGACCGACGACCUCGACGGCGGUGAGGGAUCCGAUGCUGAACCUCCUCUUCAUGAUGAUCCCGAGUGCAACUCCGAAGAACUCUACCUCACCUACAUGACCGCGAAGGCCCGAUACAAGGAAUCCGCCAAAGCACGGGGAACCGACUACAGAACUGCCGAGGCUGAGACCGACCCGGGUGGCAUCCGCAAGGCUGCCGAGGCCAAGAUCCAGCUGGCGAAGGCGAAAUCCCACUGUUCUGCUUGUGGGCAAAGGGGCCACUGGCACAGAGAUGCUAUCUGCCCUAAGUUCCCCGGCAAUGGCAACCAAGGUUCUGGCACUAAGGCACAGACGAUCCACGUCACCAACGAGGUGUUCGAGCUCACCACGGGCACGCGCGACGGCCUCAAGGCGAUCCUGGAUUCUGCUUGUUCUAAGACUGGCAGCGGGUAUGAUGUGGUUUUUGUCUAUGAGAAGGAGAGCUUUAAGUUCGGAGCUGCUAGCCGAAUCUACGAGUCCACCUAUGCCGCGGUGAUCCUCGUGCCUCUUCUUGAUCACCUCAUCGCGAUCAAGGCUUCGGUGAUCCACGGGGAUAUUCCGCUUCUUCUCUCGAGGCCGGCUUUGUCACGGCUCGGCCUUGUCUUGGACCUUGGAAGCAAUGUCGCUACUUUUCGUGCCCUCAACGACGGCGAGGUCGAGCUUGAAGAGACGACGAGUGGGCACCCCGCUGUUGUAGUUGAUCACUCCAGGCUGGCCAAGCCGGACACGUCGAGGCUCCCUGACAGCUGGGAGCCACAUGGCAUCGCGAUCCUCGGCCCUCGUGAGGUGUACAUGACUGCUUGCAGCGGGGGUGUUUCGGGUGAUGCGCAAGGGGAUCCUGGUGAUGUCGAUGCGGUGACGAAGAUCUUUUACGACAAGAAGAUAGAUGGUGCUGUUAGGGACAUGCUGACGGGUGACGUUCUAAACGAGGACCUCUUUGUGACAUGGUGGGCCAACACAGAACUCGUAAAUGACUUUUGGAUUGAGCUACCCCACAAGCUAGUUCGUGUCCACAUCACUCCUCGAAGAAAGUUCUUUGAUCCUCGAAGAUGGGAGACAUGUCAAACUCAUCUACGUGAUCUUUUACUUCGUCAGCUUGGGAGUGUCAGGGAAUCAUGGGGCAUUGGUUGCAUGUCACGCCGCAUGUUGUCUACCGUGACCGAACAGUGGGCCGUCAAAGACCUUGGAGAGUAUCCAACAUUGUGGGUCGGCCGCAGUGUGUUCAACCGAGCUCAAGCCCAGUUGAUCGACGAGUGCAAGCGCCGGCAGUUGGCGUACAACGAAACCUGGACGUGCCCGGAGCUUCGAACGAUCCUCAUCUCGGACCGGGAGUACGAGACCAAGCGGAAGGGAGUUGCGGUGCCGAAGGGUUUGUCGUCCAUGAACCUGGACGAGCUGAAGGCCGAGGCGCACAAGAUGGCCCCAGCGGACACCGUGAUGACCAUUGGGCGGUUCCGAGGCACGACGUUUGCUCAGAUUCCAGACAACUACGGGGACUGGGCGUCGGAGGAAGAACGCCAGAAUGGAACCAACAUGCACAACGACUUGAAGCGGUUCGUGAUGUGGCGUCGCCAUCCCAGGUCCAAGGGACAGAGCGCCUCGGCAGUGGCGGCGAGCACCAUGGAGCCGACCUUCGUGGACGCGGAGACCUACGCGACGGUGCCCCCGCCGCCCAUCAGCGAGACGGGUUCGUCGUCCUGGGCGAUGGUGGCGGACUACGAGAGUGCGUUCUUCGAGGGGUACAACCCGCAUGCGAGAGGCCGUCCGGCCCUGUGGGGGGAGACCCAGACACCGGUACCAGCUGCCAAGCCGAAGCACCGCUCAGCCAAGAUGAAGACCAAGGACUCCGAGGGCCCCGAGCGCAUGGAGCAGGAGAUCGACCCGGCGACGAUGGACGAGAUCCAAGCACUCGAGGGGCGCUUGGACCUAGGCGCCCCGCCUGGGGCACACGACAUGCACUACGAGCGCGGUGAGGAUUUCAAAUCGUGUUCUUCUGGAUCGGAAGACUCGGACCAUGCGGUUCUUGCUACGCGCCAUGGAGGUUCUCGAGGUCCUAAGGCCCAUCCCGGAGAAGACGCCGCCGGAGCUGCACUCCAUGAGCGGGAUUUCACCUUCGACACCGUCUCCAAGAUCCUUGCGAAUUUUCACCUCAAGCCUACCAACCAUCGCCGAACCGGACUACACGGCGGAAGCGAGGACGGGAAGCGGUGCAAUCUCGGGUACUACGCCUACGGCACCUUCAAGGGAGUUGGCCGCCGGACGACCGAAUGGCCUAAGUUGACUGCCUACCUGAACGAGUUCCUCGCCGACUGUGUCGGGGAGAGCGGUCGCGGGCAAACCCGGGCUACGUGGGCGGCCCUCGCACUACUCGGCGACGUGCCUACCGGGGUCCACACAGACCGGAACAACCUCAAGGGCAGCCUCAACUACCUGGUCAGUUUUGGAAGCGGCAAUGGAGGAGGAAUCUGGAUGCAGGAAAAGGGCGGCGGAACUUGGCGCCGAAGUGGAAAUGGACAAGAGAUCGAGGGGCGAAUCGUCGACGCCCACGAGCAAGGGUGGGAGUUCGAUCCACGGCUCGCCCAUGCCACCGAGCCUUUCGAUGGUGAGCGCUGGUUUCUUGCCGGAUACACCCCGCGCUCUUUCCCCGAGGCCUCCAAGAGCGAAAAGAAGAUCCUGAACGACCUCAAGUUCCCUCUGCCCACCAAGGCCGAGAUCCGGGAGAUCAAGAAGCGUGACGACUACGUGUCUGGCACUCCAGAGAAGGAGGACUUGGGCAUCGGAUACAUCGAGGCGGCGGUCAUUCGCCAUCGGCCCGGCCAGCUCUGGAUUCACAUGCUACCCGAGUGGAAUUGCGACGUUGUGUUCCGCGACUUGGUCGAGGCUAUCAGCUACCAACUUGGGAGGGGAAAAGCUGUGGUACUCGAAAGGGAAGUUGAAGAGCCUCUCCUUUGGGAAAGCAUGGCCAACGGCUGGGAGGAUGCGGGCUACGACGUGACCUACGAUUUCACCGAGGACGGCCACCAGUACAUCCGGGUUGUCCAGGCGCAGUCAGAGGGAGAGAUCCACUCUGUGUACGUUGGCGAAAAUGAAAGCGAGGAGGAGCUGCUUCCCGCACAAGGUGCAGGACGGGAAGUUGAGGACGAGGGUCCCCUACCACGAGGAGCCCGAGCGAUAAGUUUCCCGCCCACUGUCUCCGAGACAAUAGCGGCCAGCCUUCGUCGUCUACACCAGAACCUUGGACACCCCAGCACUGCCGAUUUUGUUCGUCACCUCCGUUUGGCUGGGGCAUCGCGCGAAGUUCUAAAAGGGGCCAAGGGCCUAGAGUGCCAAGUUUGUCAAAGGGCCAAGCAGCCGGCAAUCCCCAAACCGGCUAAGAUCGCACCCUGUUACCGGUUCAACGAGAUGGUUGGCACAGACCUGUUCUACGUCCACGACAGCGAAGGCCGGCGACACCAGCUUCUCUCCAUCGUCGACUUCUCGUCUGCCUACCACAUCGUCGUGCCAGUGCAAAAGAAAGACACCGCUACGCUCGAGAAAGCUUUUUGUGAAAGUUGGAUCCAGAUCUUCGGGGCUCCCACUACGGUUGCGGUCGAUUUGGAGAACGGGUUGGAGAAGUCUCUAGCCCGUAUCGGCGAUUGGACCGGGACUCGCAUCCGCAGCGCGGCCGGGCAGGCCCACCACCAGGCAGGCUACACAGAGCGUCAAGGAGCCAUCUGGAAGUCUCUGUUCGGCCGGAUCUGCGAGGAGCAUUCUGUAUGUCAAAGUGAUUUUCACCUUGCUGUGAGUGCGGUUUCUUCUGCGAAAAACCAGCUGACAAGGACGAGCGGUUUCAGUCCCUGCCAGCAUGUGUUUGGGUCGAUGCCAGGCUUACCAGAAGAUCUCCUCGAAGGCCCUCACGCGGACCACCCCGAGCAAGAGGCGAUCAUCGACGACAAGCACGCCCGCGAGGUUGCUCUUCGAACGGCCGCGCGGGCCGCCUACUUCCACGUCCAGACCGAUGAGAGAGUCCGUCGUGCCCUUGCAGGGCGUGCCCGUGUGGAAAACCGAGUCCCGGAAACCGGAGAGAGGGUCUUCUACUUUCGCAAGACGAAGAACAACAAGAAGGGCUACUGGGUUGGACCUGGAACCGUCAUCGGGCGAGAAGGUGCGAAUCUAUGGAUCACCCGUGCCGGGAGAUGCGUGCUAUGUGCUCCAGAGCAUGUUCGGCUUGCGACUGGCGAGGAACUUGGUCAGGCCUUCAGUAUGAAGGUCGCACAAGAAGACUUGGACAAGCUGUUGAAUGCCGACUCCGACGACCCGGGCGCCUACGACGAGGACCACGAGGAGCAAGGUGACGAGGAGAUGCUCAACGCCGGGGCCGCUGGGGUUGGCGAGAUUGCGUUUGACAUGGAAUUGGACGGGGAAGAGCGACGUGGCCUACGACGUGAUCUUGUUCGUGCUCCUCCUCGCGUUCUAAAACGACAGCGACGCAAGGGCCGCGGUGAGGAAAUGACUGGUGACGGCGGGCCCCGUGAAGGGCCCAGCGAUGUGAACAUGAUCAAGCGAGCCCGCACCCAGCGGUCUCGUGAAAAGCAGCUCGAGAAGGAGAUCCCCUGGUCGCUCAUUCCGGAGUUCAUGAGGCCAAAGUUCCGGGAGAAGGAGAUGGUCCCGUGGCGAGAACAUGUGGACACCGGAGCCUUAGAGGUCCUGAGCGUUGAGGAAAGCGAGCGAGUUCGCCGUGAAGAGCCGGCGAGUCGAAUCUUGGCUUCCCGCUUCGCCUACCGGGACAAGCACCUCGGGCGCCGGCGCGCCGACCCCACUGUGGAAUGGAAGCCGAAGUCGAGACUGGUUGUGGCUGGACACCUCGAUCCAGACGUGGGCAUUGCCAACAUCGAGGUUGACUCUCCCACGGUUUCGAGGGCAUCCCUGAUAUCGUUGCUACAGAUAUGCGCCUCCAAACGAUGGAAGGCUGCCGCAGGCGACGUUCAGGCCGCUUUCUUACAAGGGGUAGAACUCGGCCGCCAGUUGUGGAUGGCACAGCCAAAGUCCGGGAUAUCUGGGUUGGAUCCGAGACAAAUUGCUCGGAUCAGGAAGGGAGUCUUCGGCCUUUCCGAGAGUCCAAGGAUGUGGUAUGACCGGCUCUCCAGUGUCCUUCUUGGCGAGGUUUUCGAUAUCGGCGGAGUUCGACACCGCCUCGUUCCGUGCCCCCUGGAUCCGUGCGUGAUGAUGCUACUUAAGGAUGGUGAGGCUUCUGAACCUGCGGGAUACCUCGCCCUCCACGUGGACGACAUCCUGGUGAUCGCCCCCACUGAGGUCAACCGCAUGCUCCAGGAAAGGAUCGGGCGCCUGUUCCCGAUCGAUGGCUGGCUCGAGGACAGCUUCGAGUAUGUGGGAUCCUUCAUCCAGCUGGACGUCCGGUUUGUGAACCAGCUGUCGGCCCGAGCCAAGGAGUUCCGCGAGAACGGGAUCUACCUACGACCUACCAAGCUCGAGGACGCGGUCUUCCUCGUGUACCACGACGCGGCCUGGGCCAACGCCGAGCUCGAGGAGGCGGAGGAAGGAUUCAAGCUCACGGCCGAGGAGAUCGAGCAGGGCACCAUACGUGGAUUCUACAGUGAGUCCAGGCCGAGGAAAGCCAAGAAGGGAUCGUCCAAGGUCGCUUCCCAACUGGGCCACCUGCUAGCCGUCGCUGGCAUGUCUCAGAUGAGUCCGCCGAAGGCACAUGUGAUCGAGCCCAGCAAAAAGGCCGGUGCGCCUUUGCUUUCUUAG